AGAGGGAGGAGGAAGGCACAGGUCUGUUUAUGUUGUGAUGUCAGACGCAGCGUCCUACACGGCUGCAGCAUUUCCAUCAGAUGCUCAGCAGCUGCUAUUGUCUUGUACUGGAUGGGAGAAUUAGCAUACCUGGGAAGACCUGAACUUGCAUAUAUUGGUUACAUUCUAAAGACAGUUACUUAUUUGGGGUACCUACGUUUGGAUCACGGAACAAUGGGCAGAAUCUUCCUGGAUCACAUUGGUGGAACCCGUCUGUUCUCCUGCGCAAACUGUGACACCAUUCUAACCAAUCGCUCCGAGCUGAUCUCCACCAGAUUCACUGGAGCUACGGGCCGGGCGUUCCUGUUUAACAAGGUGGUCAACCUACAGUACAGCGAAGUCCAAGACCGCGUCAUGCUCACCGGUCGCCACAUGGUGCGAGACGUCAGUUGCAAGAACUGCAACAGCAAACUGGGUUGGAUCUACGAGUUCGCCACGGAGGACAGCCAGCGCUACAAGGAAGGGCGCGUCAUUCUGGAGCGAGCUCUGGUGCGGGAGAGCGAGGGCUUUGAGGAGCACGUUCCGUCAGAAAACUCCUGAGAUGCACUUUUCUAGUAACUUUCAAGUUAAAGCCUGGGGAAAUAAAAAAAAGUCUCUCAAAAUGUAAUUGCAUACACUGUCACCUUUUAGCCGCUGAGUCGCGUACUGUGAUGAGAUAGAGGAACGAUGAAAGGCCUAAAAGUGAUCAUUUAUUUAGGGUUCGGGUAGUUUGCCACCUUGAGCGCACAUUCUGUCGAUGCUGUCUUAAAUAUCAUCUCGCAUGAGGCCACGGUGGUCCUAAGCCUCCCCCACCCCCUUCGUCCAGUGCUACAUAUUUGGAAAAGCCUUCAUUGAGCAUAAUAUGUUUGCUCUAAGCUACUCAUUUAAUUUCAGACUACGUCUGUGUUGCGUUUAAAAUCCCCCCCCCCAUUUUUUAUUUAAAUUCCUUAUACCACCAGCCUCUGCUGUACAGAACAGCUUGUGUACAGAUACUACAGGUCAAGUGUUGCUGUCGCUUGUGCUGGUCCGCGCAACAAUAAGCAGCUGGGAUCAUUGGGCGAGCCGGUUUCUGUUUUACAUUUCCAUCUCUCCAGCUCGGAAGUCUAACACGCCUAGUUAUUGUCAUUACUCUGUUGUGAUGCAGUUGGUGUAGAAUAAAUAAUAAAAAGAACAAAAAAAUAAUCUAUAUUUUGAAGUGUAUAAAGAGAAUUGUUUUAAGUGAUGUAGAACAUAGUGUAAUAAAAGUCACUUGUGUCUAA